AUGGAGAGCCGCUAUAAAUGCGAUCCGCAACUUCAGGUGGAGCCUGCUUUCUACAGUGAUGGCGUUCCUGUGUUUGAGCCUACAAUGGCCCAAUUCACAGACUUCUACCAAUAUAACAAGGCCAUCAACAAGUAUGGAAUGCAGUCAGGAAUAGUCAAGAUCAUUCCACCACCUGAGUGGACGGAGCUGUUGCGUGGUACUUAUACACCAAAAAACCUUGCACGCAUCAGGAUAAAGAACCCAAUCAUCCAGAAUAUGAACGUAACGCCAGGCCACCAAGGCGUCUAUUCGCUGCAAAAUGUCGAGCGCCAGCGUCUGUAUGACAUCUAUCAAUGGAAAAGCAUUUCACAAAAACCAAACUAUGUUCCACCAGCCCACAAAAAGACCAGGCGUGGGCUGCCUUCUGCGGAAAACAAACUGACACAAAAAGAAGGCUAUUCAUUGCGAAGCAAGUCGUCUCUGAAACCUGCUGCAAACUUCUUGCAGGGAGACUUCAACAUUGACACGUCUGAGUUCACCAAUGAGCGGUGUGAAGAGUUGGAACAGCUCUACUGGAGAUCACUUGGCUACGCCGAACCAAUGUAUGGUGCAGACAUGUUGGGAUCGCUUUUCUUAGAAUCUACUAAGGCCUGGAAUGUGGCACAUCUUCCCAAUGUGCUAGAUUUGAUGGAGGAAAAGAUUCCCGGUGUGAAUGACGCUUACUUGUACGCGGGUUUGUGGAAGGCUAGUUUCUCUUGGCAUUUGGAAGACCAGGACCUCUACUCCAUCAACUACCUUCACUUUGGGGCUCCCAAACAAUGGUAUUCUAUUCCGCAGCGGGAGCAUAAGAAGUUCUACACUUUAAUGAAGGAAAUAUUUGCAGAAGAUUACAAACAGUGCCACGAGUUUCUCCGACACAAGACAUUUCUCGCAUCGCCACAGUUUCUUGCAAAACACGGAAUAACUUGCAACAAGAUAGUACAUAAACAAGGAGAGUUUAUGAUAACUUAUCCGUACGGCUACCAUGCCGGAUUUAAUUUCGGAUUCAACUUGGCGGAAUCUGUGAACUUUGCAUUAGACGACUGGUUUCCUUUCGCAGAGAAAACGCAGAAAUGUGAAUGUAUAACUGAUGCUGUGGCCAUCAAUCAUCGAAUGCUUUUUUGCAGAUUUAAGGGAAUUCCAUAUGAUUCGGAAGUGUACAAGCCACUGAAACAGUUGUCACGUUCGCCGUCAGAAGUACCUACCAAGAAAAUACCAGGGCGGAAGAGGCAAAAAGUCGAAGCAGUCACUCAUCAAUGUCUAUUAUGUCCAAAUGACCUCGAUAUAGAACUCACAAAAUUCAAACCUUUUGAGCUUCUUCAAACGGAUAUGUUCGAUUACGCCACAAAAAAGCCAUUGGAAGUGCACCGUUUGUGCGCUGAAAUGUUUCCAGAUCAGUUGGUGUUCGAAAAAGUUUUUUUAGACAACUUGUGGAGAGAUGUGGUCAAGGGCUUUAGUAACAUUACACGGCCACAAAGAAACUUGAAAUGUCUAGUAUGCCACACUCGCAAUAAGAUUCUGCAGUCUGUGAAAUCUCCAUCCCAAGGGGCUUGUUUCCAAUGCACUUCACCUAAAUGCACUCGGUCUUUCCAUGGCACAUGUGCCUUGGCUGGAGGGUUCGAUUUCAACAAAAAAGUGUGCAAGCAACACAGAAGCAUUCCAGAUCCCACUAGCCACUAUUCCAUGGAAGCGCUGUUCAUUGAUUCAAAUUCCAUGGUUCAGUUCACCAUUCCAACAGGAUCAAAAAGACAGACAAAUAAUACAUUCUGUGGUUUAGCUACUCGCAAUAAUAGGAGUGAAUCCACCCUAGAAGUUCUGGUGUACCCACAGUUGUCUGACUCUAUUGAAGUACACUAUAAGAAUCUCAUUUUGCCCGUAGGGUAUGAGACAGACAGCAACCCGUUUUUCAACAUGGAAUUGGUCACCAAGUACAGGAGCUUCAAUCGGCAGUAUUCUGCUUCUGAAAUUGAGGCACAUCUUCCUCCAUCUCUGUUCCAUGCUUCUCUGCUGAACUAUGCUAUCGAAAAGGGCCCAGCCACUUUUUCCCCGGAAUCAACCAGCCGGAUUAUCUUCGUCAAUGAGUUUUCAAACCGAGCCAUACAACAUUCAACCGAGCCAUCCAAGUUCCAUUUUGUAAGUGAGUCUUUCAACGAAAUUUAA